UCACUCCAGAAGCAACUCCGGUUGCUCCUGACACGGAAAAAAAAACUCUCCAGAUGGCGUAGUGGACUAAGUGACUUGAAGGUUGGGUUGCUGACCUGAAGGCUGCCAGGUUCGAAUCCCACCCGGGGAGAGCGCGGAUGAGCUCCCUCUAUCAGCUCCAGCUCCAUGCGGGGACAUGAAAAGCCCUCCCACAAGGAUGAUCCUGAGUGUGAAAAUGAAAGGGGCAACCCCAGCCUGGUCCUCCUGGGGCCCACGUGCCACAAGAAGAGCAUCACACUGGUGUGCCUGGCCCAUGGCUUCUCCUAUGCGUGGCCCCUGGAUGUAAUCUGGAAGCGUGAUGGCCAAGCAGUGCCUCGCUUUUCAGCGGCCACUGAGGAGCCCAAGGCCGAGGGCAAAUGCAGCUUUGGCAUUGCCAGUCGUCUGAGCAUAGCGACUUCCGAAUGGAAAGAGGGCCAUACUUACUCCUGCCAUGUGCGCCAAGCGGACAUUGCAGAUGUUAAAGAUGAGAUGACUAGUGAAUCGAGGCAGAAGUCAAAAUCAGGCCUUUCUGAAAUGCAGCUCAGCCUUCGCACCGGACAGUUUAUCUUCCUUCUCUUGGCUGUCAAGAGCUUUGCUUAUGGCACUGCUCUGGGAAUCUACACAGCUUGUAAGAAAAAAAGUGUUUAAUGAAAAUAUGGACCUGCAUUCCUUUGCCAGCAUUGUCGAUUGUAACAACAGUUGCUCUCUUCACACCCAAGAAAUGUAUUGUUUGCUUAAAAGGGGAGUGCAAAGCCAUAGAGUCUGCUCAGAGAUUUUCAUGGCCUCCUUCACAGCUUCUUUUCAAGUUUGGCAACCUGGAUUAGUCACUUGGCAAACUUUAUGCUAAAUUGCUCUUUGCAUUGAGCAAAUGUCAGUUUUUAUUUUGAGUGACAAUGAAAAAGAAAUAAAUGUUGACAUUCUUA